AUGAGCGAGAACAAAUUAACUUCUGAAAGAGAGUUGAUAGAAGGUAUAAAGGAACUUUUGAAGAAAAACGGCCAUUUGAGCAAAUUACAGGCGGAGAUGCGGGCGAAAGUAACACAAGCGUUACAAGAAAGACAACUACCCAAAGGCUCUGUCCCACCCGCACCUUCAGGAGAAGUGUUGCUAGUGAAUGAGCUCAUUAGAGAGUACUUAGAGUGGAAUGGAUACUUAUAUACAGCUACUGUGAUGACUUCGGAGGCUGUUUUGCCAAAAGAGAAGAAGUCGCGGGCGAAUCUGUGCCUUGAAGUUGGCGUAAGAGACGACGAAAGGUCUUCAGCUUUACCUCUAUUGGCCAACAUCGUGGCAGCUUACACUGAACGUAUCAAACGCAAAAUUAAUAAGAGUAAGAAGGAAACAGUUCAGCAGAUUUGUUGA